AUGCAAGUGUUCAUGUUGGUUCUGGCAAGUAACCAACCUGAGCAGUUCGAUUGGGCCAUCAACGAUCGUAUGGAUGAGAUAGUCUAUUUCGAUGUACCGAAGUUACGCGAGCGUGAACGCAUGAUACGCCAGUACUUCGAUAUGUACAUCCUCCAGCCCUCUCUGGAUAAGAAACAGCGCAUUCGUCUUGCCGAUAGUAUUGAUUAUACUGCCAAGUGCAAGGAAGUUGCCGCUCGUACUGAAGGUUUGUCUGGUCGUGAGCUGUCCAAGAUUGCUAUUGCCUGGCAGACCAUGGCAUUCUCAAGUGAAGACGGAACACUGACUGAGGAAAUGAUGGAUAAUGUUGUAAACAAUGCAAUUGAAGCGAAUAAGAAGAAACAAGAAUGGCGCCAGCAUCGCCUUCCUGAUGCCCAUGUCAAUUUGCCUCAACUCCCUAGCACCAGCAGUAGCGAAAAGUAG